CGUUGCCCGCUUCUAACAUCGCCCCCAACUGAAGUGCUAGUGGCAAACAUACGUAGAUCUAGAUAUAGUUGGGCGAAACCAGUUGUCUAAAGCUAAGGAGAUCUGGAUAUCUGAGCAGUGCAUGCUAGAGUACUGCGAGUAGGCUGUGAAGAGACAAAUGGAUGGAGUGCUCGACUACGUUGUGAAUGCAUUAUUUUAUAUAUUUGUGAUCUAUAACUUUUCUUACCUCUGCUUACGCUGGAUGGUUAUCAUCUCAUGGAAACUAAAACUAAAAGCAAAGAAAGAGUUAAGCAACAAGUUUCUCCAGUCGCAGGGUGUUUCAAUCAUCAAGCCACUCUUUGGAUAUGAUUCGAACAUGAAUGAUAACCUGGAAAGCUUUUUUGAAUUGAACUACCCAAAGUUUGAACUAUUGCUGUGUGUUGGGGAGAAAAUCAAUGGACCAAGUCUUCCACUCAUCACUGAACUGAGAGCAAAGUAUCCUGCUGUCGAUGUCAAGGUAUUCCAAGGUGGUGAGGAUGUUGGUCCCAAUCCGAAGAUAUGUAACAUGAUGCCAGGCUACAGGGACGCUCAGUAUCCCCUGAUGUGGUUCAGUGAUAGCAGGAUUCAUACCUCUCCAGACAACCUAACAGAAAUGAUGUCUCACAUCGGUGACCUAAACGUCGCCUUAGUGCAUCAGAUGCCAUUUGUGAGUCAUGUGGAAGGAUUUGCUGGAUACCUUGACAAAGCGUACUUUGGGACCCAAUUUGCACGAAUGUAUCUCAUCGGAGAUUUAUUAAACCUAAAUCAUAUCGUUGGCAUGUCCUGGUUAUUGAAAAAGGAUGCUUUGGAAAAAGUUGGAGGUUUAAAAGCUUUUGGCGAAUAUCUUGCAGAAGACGACGUUAUAGGACAAGCUCUGGGGAAGAGCGGUUAUAAGCUUGCUCUGAGCACUAAGUUAGCAGUACAAAAUAGUGGAGCUCCCUCAACUGUGUUGUUUCGAGAACGGAUUAUAAGAUGGACCAAAUUACGAGCAAACAUGUCACCAUUAUUUUUUAUGCUGGAGCCAAUCACAGAGUGUCUUCCUAACGCUCUCAUUCUAGGUUUUUAUUCUAAAUCCUUUGGGUUCAGCUUCUUAUCUUUCAUUGCCUUGUUCAUCACAAUUUGGUUUCUCUCAGAUUUGGUCUAUCUUCACGUGCUUUCGAAUGGAAAUCUUGGUUCCCUGUGGCUGAUGUUCCUAGCCUGGUUGUACAGAGAGUCAACCGCCUACUGGUAUUUUUUGUUAGGAUGGGUCAGUAGAGAAGUGACUUGGGGAGGAAAGAGAUACAGACUGUUGCCAGGGGGAAAAACAGCUAGAAUAAAUGUCAGUACUGCUCAAACAGUAUAGCCGAAUAGUUUAUUAAACUAGAACAUGGUAUCACCAUCAUUAAUUUUGAAUCCUCAGGUCAGUUUUGUAAAGUUGUAAGCCAGUUUUGUAAAGUUGUAAGCCAGUGUGCUAUGUACUUAUGUUAUUUAUUUAUCUAUGUCUGAAUGGCACUUUAUAGAUUUAUGAAACACCACGCAAUUUUAUAGCUAUUCAGCCUAGUCAUAUGACGUAUAGGCAGGUUUUAGAAGUACAUGUACAGGUCAUAUUACUGUAUACAUGUAAACAUUAAUGUUGUAUAGGCUUAGUAUCCCGUUGUAGACACUGUUUUGUGGUGUCCAUGUGAUUUACAAGCCCUCAGGCAUUGCAUUACUCUCGAGAUACUAAAUCAGUACUUUUGAGCUUCUAAAUCCCAUAGACACCUCCAAAACAGUGUCUAACUAAUAUUUAGAACACGUACGAGCUUACCCUGGGUCACUCCUACGCAAACUUACCCAUCACCUUGGGAUGAGCUUACUCCAAGAUACGGUCCCUUACCUCACCCCGGGGUAACCGUUUGGUAACUUUGUAGCUUGCCAUACGUUCAAGGCUAGUGUGAAAGUUAGUUAGGUGGAGCUCAACCCUGGACAUAGAUGCUCACGUUGAGCUCAAGUCCCUAUUUUGCUCAACAUUUUGCUCAACAUUUUGCUAACAAAUUUGGUCAAGGCCUACACUGGAACAAAAGCACUGGAGUUGUUGUCUGUGAAAACAUGCUCUCCCAGUCCUUAGGCCUCUAAAGACUAUUAUUAAAUCAUUAAUUAUUGCAGAAUAAAUCUAACGAUACAAAGUGUGCACUUGCUGAUACGUAUGUUGGGCAUCAGUGAAUGCUUGAUCCUGACACGAGAGGGAUGCAUACACUUAUGCGUGCACUUUCAUAAUUGUCGGGGAUAAGGUUCACCUGUGUUGUUGGGUGUAUUUUUGUUCAUACUGCUUUCUUGCGUACAGCUAGACACUCUUCAUGGACAUGGUAUAAGCUUAUACCCGGUACAAACGAGUUUAAUGCUACUCCUACCCAAGGAACUUUUUGCACCCCUCAAGAAAUGUAUCUGCUAGCCUAUAGACUGGUUUCCAUUUCCUCAGGGUCUGUCUGUCUGGAUCUGGUCAGGGAUCUGGUAGGUAUGUCGAUCAGAGAGGUUGGGUAGGGGUCACUCCACUCAGUAAUUUUACAAUUGUCAGCAAAACCAGAGACCACUCCCCUUCUCCCAGAGAGAAGGGGAGUGGUUUCCAGUCUGGCUACACCACACCCAGCUUGCUGCUUUUUUUACCACUGAUUGGUUUCAGUGGUUUUAUUGAUUGAAUACUGCACUGAGUGAUAGUCCAUGAAGUUCUCUGCCUAGCGCCUGCUUUACGACAGAGUUGAAUAAUAAACUGACUAAAUCAAGUAUCAAGAGAGAUGGAUUCUUUUCGUACUGCAUUCUUCAUAAUAUCUAUCUGUUUGCUAUCUUGGAGUCUUAUAUACAUCUGCUUGCACUGGAUAGUCAUUAUCUAUGGG